CCCCACAAAGGAAAGCGUCACCUGCGGCGCCGUCCGUCGUCUUCUUCAGCGCGCGCCCGCGCCGCCGAAACCGCCGGCGGCCUCCUACCAGGUUUCAACUGAAGCACGCAGUCCACACCGAAGCAACGCUUCGCUCCUCUUCGCCGUAGUCUUUCUCGGCCCUCCGCUCCCAUACUGGUUGUUCUACUUAUUCAACGCGCGCGACAUACAUUGGAGUUGCGAUCCAAACUGCUGGUGCAGUUUUACUUGUCACAACCCUUGGUGGUUCAGCAUAAACUCCAUGAGCGACGACGGCAUGGCCUCCGCUGCGGUGGAGCCGCCCAAGCGGGAGCAAAAUUUUCUAGUGAAGGUGGGGAUGGAGGCAUGGACGCAGUCGUUCGCGGUUGCACACAAAGUCAGGUUGGUGCACAUCCUCAAGAAUCUCCACACCUCGGAGGUGAAAAUCUACUCCGACGCGUCCAAGGAGUUCAUAGGAGUACUGGAUGGUGAGUCUGGCGGCGAGGUGCUGCAGGAGUACGUGCAACAGUCACCGCAGCUUGGGGAGCUGCUCGAGGCAUGGCGGCUCCACCGGGAGAACCCGGGGAUGGCGCACAUACUUUUGCUCUUUGCAGCUGUCCUGGGCCACCCUGAUGGUAAGCUGCGGCGACAUGGUUCGGUUAAGAAGAGCUUGGACGGUGUCGCUAGGAUGAUACUGGAGGAUAAGGAGAAGAUGGGGGAUGUGUAUUUGGAGCUGAAUAGUGGUGAGUUCCGACGGCAGAAUGCAGCACUGGAUUUGCUUGCUGCAAUUGUCAGGCGUGGAGGGGGUCUAGCGUCUGAGGUCGCUGAGAGAUUUGAUUUUAAGAUACCUAUUUUGCCGCAGCUGGCUGGGACAAUGAAGAAGAAGGGGAGCAGGGAUGGAAGGAAUCGGCGGAAGGGUGCCGACUUUGGGUCCACAAGGCGGUCGUUUAUUGGGUUUGCCAUGUCAUUUUUGGAGGUUGGGAAUCCAAGGCUGCUUAGAUGGGUCCUUCAACAGAAGGAGGUAUAUUCAGGGGUGCUUCGUGGGAUUGGAAAUGAUGAUGCUGAGACUGUCAUCUAUGUCCUCUCAACUUUGCGAGACAAUGUCCUGGUAGAUGAGUCUCUUGUCCCACCAGGGCUCAGGAGUGUCCUCUUUGGAAGUGUCACAUUGGAGCAGCUGAGCUUGAUCUCAGGAAAUCUUGAAUCAGGGGAAGCAGCUGACAUUGCUCAUGAGGUAUUGGUCAUGGUGUGCACUGAUCCAAAAAAUGGAUUGAUGCCAGGAUCAAAUUUGAGAGGUAAUGAGAAACGCUUACUAGAUCUCAUGAAAAAGUUGAAAGCUACUGAGGUUGUUCAUCACAAAAAAUUGUUACUGGCCAUUGUGAGUAAUAGACUGUCUCUUUGUUCGGCGUACAUGAAUGAGUUUCCUUACAAUAUUGAACCACGUUCGUCUCCUUCAUGGUUUUCAGCCAUCUCCCUUGCAGCUGAUGUCAUAGCUUCAGCAAAAUGCAAUAGCAUUGUUCAAACUCUUUCAUCCAGUUCACAUGGUCUGGUAUCUGUAGAUGAUGAAGAAGUUCAGGUAGUCUUGAAGUGCAUGGUGCCCAAUGUAUGCUCUCGAGCAAUGAUAAAUAGGGGGUUGCUGCAUUCUGAUGAUCUUGUGAAGCAUGGUUCUCUGAGGCUUGUUUUUGAAUCAGUUAACCUGCUUUGUUAUAUCACUGAAUCCAUCAAUUGCAUGGUAUCAAAAGGGAGACUGAAGUCAGAAUUCAUUGGCUCAGAGAAAGUAACCAUGAAAAUAGAUGGUUUCCCAGUAUUAAGCUGUUCUGAUGCUACAGAUGCAUCCUUAGUUGAUGAGGUUCACCAGGGAGAUGAAAUGCAGGUCAAGAGGUGGACAUCUCUAAGAGAAUACAUCCAAGAUGAAGUUCAUGGAGCUAUGCCUGAUCCUCAAGUCUUUCUCAAGUUACUCUCUUCUACCAGCCAAAAACAUCAAAGUUAUUCUCAGAGCAUACAAAAGAAUAAUGCUCAACUUUCUGAGCCUCCUCAAAAGAAACGAAGAUGCAGUCCUUCCUGUGAAGUUGAUGAUAUUAUUAUUGGUGGCAUUGAUGUUGAGCAGGAUAAGGACGCAUCUGAAGAACAAGGCCUGGAAUUAAAAAAUGACCGCACAACCACCUUGUGUGAGAUAUGGAGCUUAGAUAAACAAGAUCCAAAGACGAAAGAUGCAAAUGUUGUGGAAAAUGUCUUCCACUCGAAGUUGCUGGAUGUUCUCAGGCUUUAUUUGGGGGUGAUGCCCAGCUCUUUUGAUGGAUCAUAUGACUUCUUUAAGAUUAUACCACCUAACCCAUUGGAUCUGUCCAUGGAUGAGCAACAGUCCCUGUUAUCUUUUUUACUUGAAUAUUCAGGCCAAUCUAGAGGAUGUUUGGACCCAGAAAGAGUUCCAGAAUCAAUGUACAAGUAUCUGCAACCCUUGGUUUAUAUCAUGUUGCAUUCACAGAUUAAGAACAUCCGUGAUCAAGCAUAUAUUUUAGUUAAAGCUGCUAUGGCAAGUUCGGGUGCUUUUGAUCAUAACUUCACAGAGAUUGAUGCAUGGUUGGUUUUCUUGCCUGGUUAUGAGGCCAAAUGGUGUGUAAGAGAGAACCUAAGAAUUGGAGCACCUAAUAAAUUAUCACACAUUGUGAUCCCUUUUCUGUGUGAUGCUAUUUCGGUAGUUGGUAAUAACCUGUAUAAAUACCAAGAGCACACACACAAGCUUAUCUCUAAAUCAGGCCAGUUGGAAGGCCGUUCUCCAGAUUUCAGCCCUCUGAUUAUUUGUGUUCUUCAGAAAUGCCUUAGGCUACUCGACACAGCAUCUAGAAGUACAAAGUUACACGAGAAGUCUACAAUUUCAUUGUAUGUGUGCAACACGAUCCACCUUAUUCUUCAGUCUCAGGUGGACAUGCAUUUAUUGCCUGAUCUUAUAGGUACUGUUCUAAAAGAAAGAUUUGAUAAAUUUUCAUCCCAAGAACUGAACUCUAGGAUUUAUCUGGCUGAGUGGAGGCCGUUAACAAAUAUGCUGCAUUUCUUGAGGAAAAUUUCUGACCAGCAAAAUUAUAGCCUGUUCAACACGCUGGAACAUUCUCCUGAGUUUGAUGGUAACUCGUUGUGCUCUGUAUCUAGACAGGUUGAAGAAUUGUUGAAUCAAGAACAAACUAAUUCGCUGGAUGAUGUAGCAACCGCAUUCUUAUUUUCAAUCAUAUGUGCACCUCCAAAAGAUGUUAUCAGUGCCUUUCCAGAUCUUCUUGAUUUGGUGAAAGCACAUUUUCCAUCUCAUGUUGCUUUCUUGUCAUCGGUUCUUUUUCUACAACAUGAUUAUCUGGCUAAAGUUGCUAGUUGUUGGCCAGAUAUAUUCUUCAGCAGCAUCAGACUGUUCAAGGAUGAUAUCAAUGCUGACCAUGCAAACACAGUUGAGGACGAAUGCCAGAACCUCUCUGUUUCAACAGAAUCAGCUCCGCUAAGUACAUUUUUAAGUGUCAGUCCCUUCUGUGCGCUUUUACCUUCAGUAUUGAGCCUUGCAUGUUCUUCGCCAGAUGAAAUCAUGGAAGCACAUAAGGAUGCACUUCUAAGACUCCUUGAAGUUAAAUUGUCUGACUGCACAUUCAGUGAGCUUACCUUGUAUCUGAGAGUCAUCUUGUUCUGGACUCAUCACCUACUGUCAUCAUAUACUAUUAAGGAUUCAAAUUCAGAUGAUCUUGAGCAAGUAUGUCAUUUGUGCUUUGGUCUUCUUGAUAGAGUAUUUGAGCGUAUUCAAGUUUUGACUGCUGACCCUUCACAGUCAAAUUCUGAAUACCCGUACUAUCCCGCUCAACAUAUCCAAGACAUUGUUGAUUCUGUUCUUCGGCAUCCUGUUAUUACCCUGUCUUUGUCAUGCUCUUUAUCCAAUUGCCAAAAUUUAGCAGAUGGGAGUUUGGAACAUCUGGAAGAAGCUUUGGCUAUUUUUGCGACGGAAAAUCUGCACCUUAUAGACCGUUUCGUUCUAAACCUUUUGGGUAAAUUGUAUGACCUUUUGCUAAUGUUUGGUAGCUAUGGUGGUAACUACUCUACAGAUAAUGGGCCAUCCCAUGAGUCACUGUUUGCUGCUCCAAAUCUUCUGCUGGAGAACAUAAUAUUGUUGUUCAAGGAGAAGUUUGAGCUCUGCGUGGACAAACUAAAUUUUGAAUUGCUUUUGCCAAAUUUCUACAUGGUUCGCACACUGUCAAAGUUCUUUUCUCCUUUCAAACUCCUGGAGCUUGCAAAUUGGAUGUUCUCAAAAUUGGAUGGUCACAACUUCAGUUCACCUGCUUUUGUUUCUGCUGUUUUGAUGUGCCUAUACAUUAUUGAUGUCACCAUGGAAAUGCUGUGCUUUUAUCUGCAAAAAACUGAUCAGAGAUCACAAUCCUAUCUAUUUCGGCACUUGGAGAUUCACAAUUCUGAUAUCAAUGCCAUUCAGCAAGCCUAUCACAUCAUUCUUCAUUUUGCUACUAAAUGGAAUGUUGAGUUUGCUGAUCAUUGCUUGCUGAAGAUGCUGUGCCAUAUUCAUUACACAGAAAGAUGCGCAGGAUGGAACACUGACUAUAUUGCAUUCCAUAUGGUAUUAUCUACAAUGGCCAUCAAUACUCCCAUUGACAUUCUUCAUCACUGCAUUUUCCCCACAUCUAAGGUUAAAGCAAAAGCAAUCCUGUUGCUUUUGGAAGCAAGUCCUAUGCAUCUGAACCUUUUUAGCCAGAUAUUCUUGGAAAUUUUAAAUAAAGACACUUAUGUUUUGCAAGUCAAGGAUUCUGAUUCCAACAAUUUGUGGGCUCAAGAAGAUGGUGCUAUACUUCUGUUGCCUGCCGCUUUAUCAUGCUUGAAAUUUCACAGCAAUGACAAUAGGCAGUGUGCUGAAUUCCUUGAAGCAGUUCCAAUCUUUUAUUCUGAACUACUAUUAUGCGAUAAAGGGUUUUCAAGUUGGAAAAAGUUUGUUACCAGGAGCAUUUUUGAGGAAGAUUUUAGCGACUUUAUACCCACAUCAGUUGAAGAUAUAAUGGUUUAUUUCAGUAGCACUCUCUUGGGGAAGUCAGUUACGAUGUUGCACCACUACUUUGCAUCGAAAGAAAUAUCACGGAAACAACGCUUGGAAAUAGUUAGUUCAAUUAUUCCAGAGUCAUCUGAGCUAUUAGAUUCUGAUGUUAAUGAUAUUAAUCCCACUUCAUGCAAUGGCAUUAUGAAGUUUACUAAUGAAUUGUUCGCGAAGGUAUCACUAAUUAGGCUGUUAUUAUCUCCUAGAAAAUCAUUGUCCAAUGAAGUAGCUUCGGAGAGGGAGUCCAAGAGGGUGCACAAAGCAAAGCUAAAUUUUAUUAGCAUAUUGGUCAGAACUAUGGAUAAAAUACGCAUGAAUUUCCCAUCGAGUGACAAUAUCUUAUCACUCUCUACCAAGGAACGAAAGGUCAUCUGUUUUCUGGAAUAUGUAUUUCUCAAGAAUAUCAUUGAACUGUCUUCAGAGAUUCAAAGCUAUCUAAAUCAGCUGAAAUCAAUACCUUUCCUUGCUCAAUUCAUCCGAUCAUCCCUCUUGCAUAGAUUCAAUGUUCCUGUCGCAAUAAAAGCAAUUCGAUGUAUUCUUGUUGUUCUAUCACAAGGAAAGUUCUCAGCUGAUGAAAUUCUUGAACUUAUACUGGGUCACUCCAAUUUUGUAUCGACAAUAACAUGCAAUGAAGUUUCUGAGUAUCCAUCUGCUUGUAACACCACAGGGGGGAUGCUACAGCCAGCUCCAAGUAUUUUGAAAUUAGUUGAUUUUUCUUUCAUGGAAGAAAAUAAGGCAGAAAUUUCUAUUGCAGAAAAGAGAAGAGUUGAAACCAUCAGAUUACUAAGGGUACUGUAUGAUAUUAAGAGCAGACAACAGAAUAAUAGCCAAUUGAGUGAAUCAAGAGAAUUAGUUUUCUUGCUUUUGUCUGUUUAUGGUGCAACCCUUAGUGAAACAGAUUUGGAGAUAUUUCACCUUAUGAAUGAGAUAGAGUCACCCGUGUGCCAAACCAUUACUGAAGUUGAUCAUCUGUGGGGAGCUUCUGCUCUGAAAUUUAGAGAAGAACUGAAACUAGAUUUUUCAAAAUCAGAUACGCGUAACACAGAGAAUGCUGAAAUUACUGAAAGGAGAAGGGCGCUCUUUCGGGAGAACAUACCUGUUGAUUCCAAGCUCUGUGCAAAGACAUCUUUGCUAUAUUGCUAUAAAAGAUCUAGAAGGGCUUCUGUUUUCUCACUGGAACAGCUUCAACGGGAUAGCUUUGCUGAUAGUUUUGAGGUAGCAUCUCAAAAAACGGAUGUUCAGAUUUACGAUCCUUUUUUUAUCUUGCGAUUCUCAAUCCAUACUCUUCACAUGGGUUACAUUGAACCUGCUGAAUUUGCCCGACUAGGGCUUCUUGCAAUCACACUUGUUAGUAUAGCAUCUCCUGAUAAUGAAUUAAGGAUGUUGGGCUAUGAGUGCCUAGGAACAUUCAAAAAAUCCCUUGAGUAUGCUCAGAGAAGUAAGGAAACCUGGCAGCUUCAGCUGCUUCUGACAUACCUUCAGAAUGGGAUAUCCGAACAGUGGCAGAAGAUACCUUCCAUUAUUGCUGUUUUUGCUGCAGAAGCAUCUUUGACGCUACUGGAUGGCUCACAUGCUCAAUUUACUGUCAUGAGAAAUUUUUUAAUGCAUUCCACUUCUGUCAACCUGCAGAGCAUUCCAUUAUUUCCAACCUUAUUGCAGAGCAGUUCUGUGCAUUUUAAAGCCGAACGUCUGUGGAUGCUUCGGUUAUUAUCUGCUGGAUCAAAUCUAGCUGAUGAUGCUAAAAUAUACAAGAGAGGAAGAGUCUUAGAACUUGCUCUUGCCUUCUGUUCUUCACCCGUUUCAGAUUUUGAAUCAAAGGUUUUAGUCCUUAAGGUGCUGAAGAAGUGUGUCAAGCUGCCAGUUCUAGCUCAUCAUCUAGUAAAAGAGUCUGGCAUUCUGUUGUGGUUAUUGUCUGUUAUUUCAGUCCGUAGCGAAGUGUCUGACGGUUCUGAAAGCUCCUGUUCUAGAGUAACUGAGUUAGCGUUGGAGGUAGUCAAUGGUUUGAUAUCAUCAAGAUUGAUCACAGAUUGGCUCCAAGAAACCGCCCUUGAGCAGCUCUCAACAAUAUCAUCAUACCUUUCUGUUCUAAUUAACAAUGCCAAAUUAUUGAAAGGAAAUGUUCAUUUGUUGACUUCAGCUCUAAGUGUGAUUACAUCAACAAUGAGGUUGUCUAUGAAAAGGAAGAUAUACCAACCACAUUUUACCUUGUCCCUCCAUGGUGUAUUUAAUCUGUGCCAAACUAUUGGUGGUAGCUCAAGAAGUACAGAGCAUAAGCUUGUAAUGGAACUUGGUAUCGAUGCCAUUCUGAUGAAUGGUCCUAUACCAAUUUUAUCUGAAAUGGAUAAGUCAAGAAUAUCAAUGGUUGUUUCAUGGGCAACUUCAAGCAUCUUCUGGUUGUACUCUAACCAAAGAUCGCUGUUGGAAAUAUCCUGCAAAGAGCCACCAAGAAAUGAGUCUCUACUUUCAAAGAUUUUGCGCUUGUUAGCCGCUUCUGUAAUACUUGGAAAGAUAUCUAGCAUCUUUCAUGGAAAGAGUGUAGAUCUUGCAGGGAACACCAGUGAAACUCUUUGCUCUUUCUUGGACAAUGCAUAUGAAAGGGCUGAAACGGCAAAGAGUUGCAGUGUGAAUGAUACUCUAGCUGUCAUUAUACUACACCUUCAAGACCAUAUGCCAAAGAACAGUGAUUCCUUGCCAUCAGUUAUUGCAGCCCUUUGCUUGUUGCUUCUUGACAGAUCCAGUAAGCAAGUGAACAAACACCUGGCCAACAACCGAGGGAAAAUUGAAAUGCUUUGCUCAAAGAUAGGCUGCCCGGCUGAAUCAAAUCCUGCAUGGAGAUGGCAUUACUAUCAACCAUGGAAGGAUUCUGCUUUGCAGCGCACGGGGAUGGAGCGACUGGAAGAAGAGCAGGCCUGCCGAAGCCUCCUGGUCCUAUUUUCCAGUGCCUUCAGUGCCUGCCUGUCAGAGUUCCCGGUGUUGUCCCUAGAUGAUGUUGAGAAGUCUGGCCUUUUCCAGUGGGAAAGAGACUUAAUGGCUAAACAAUCUUCCACUUAGCACGCUGAAGAACUAGGAUGACCCACAUUUGAGCUGUGUGUACAAUCAUGCUCGUACGAUUGAUCUUGUUUAGAACUUGGAAGAAGAGAAUGCUUCGACCCUCAGCUGGAUUGGAUGGAUGAACCUACGGUGCUGCACAAGCCGAACCGGCCCUGCGCCCCUGCCUAACACCAAUAUGUUGGACACUUCCACUACUGUUCUUCACUUCCCAUUUGUAUAACGGGACCUGCAUUAUUGUAGCAUGGGUGCAGCGUUUCCUAUGUAAUUUCUGUGACAUUACCAACUCACAAUAUUGAUUUCAUCUGAAAUGUAACAUAUUUUUUCACAGAAAUGCUUGCAGCCCAUGCGG